AUGGAUAAAAUUCGGAAGGAGUGCACGCUUCGAGAGCUGAAGCUCCAUUCUAGAACCAACACGUCUAAGCGCAUCAAGGUUCUUUGUUGCUACGACAAGCUCUUCAAUAGCGGCGAAGGUACAAUAGCUGCCUCGGCUAUGGCAUCAGGGAGUACUCGGUGUACUAAGCACUACAUGUCCCGUUUACUCAACGUGUUGAUGUCGGAUGAGCUUGUAAAGAAGCUUGUCAAUGUCACUGGUAAAGGAGAAACUUUGAUAGGCAAGAUUUGA